AGUGUCAAACUUGACUAUACUCCAACACACACAGCAGGAUCCAGGUAAAAUUCCUAAAUGGAGCACGAAGACACAAAACAAACAGGACAGUCAGUUAAAGAAUAUCACACUGAAGGAGCUGUAAUUCAUCUUGUAUCCUGCUAAAACGGGCCCCAUGGAGUUCAGGAUGGACCAGCUGCUCCCCGGUGAAUUUUUCGACUCAGAUCUCCAGGAACAAGAAAAUGAGGAUCUCCAGCUUAGAGUGGACUUCUUCAGGAAACUGGGGUACUCCACAGCAGAGGUGAAAGCUGCUUUGAGAAAGCUGGGCCUAAGUACAGACACCAAUGCAGUGCUUGGGGAGCUCGUAAGAAACAGAACCACCAAGACAUCACCCUGUGCUUCAGACAAUGAUGAGACGCAUCCGAAAGACCCCCUGCUGCCUCCAAGCUGGGACACUGGGACCUACAAAAUCCCACCACAACUCAGUGACAAAAAGACUGAAGAUUCAGAGCUGAGGCCGAUUGUUAUUGAUGGCAGCAAUGUUGCCCUGAGUCAUGGAAACAAGGAAGUGUUCUCAUGUCGGGGCAUAGAGUUGGCAGUGGAUUUCUUCCUGGACAGAGGACAUGAUAAUAUUACUGUGUUUGUUCCCUCUUGGCGCAAAGAGCUGCCCCGAGCUGAUGCCCCUAUAACAGAUCAACACAUUCUGCUAGAGCUUGAAAAACAGAAAAUACUGGCCUUCACUCCGUCACGCCGCGUUGGUGGCAAGCGAGUGGUUUGUUACGAUGACCGCUUCAUUGUCAAAUUGGCGUAUGAGUCAGAUGGAGUGAUUGUGUCCAACGACACCUACCGUGAUCUUCAAGGAGAAAAACCUGAGUGGAAGAAAUGCAUCGAGGAGAGGCUCCUCAUGUACUCAUUUGUGAAUGAUAAGUUCAUGCCUCCAGAUGAUCCUUUGGGUCGACAUGGACCUAACCUGGACAACUUUCUUAGAAAAAAGCCCCUGCCUGUGGAGCAAAAGAAAGUACCCUGUCCUUAUGAUAAAAAGUGCACUUAUGGCAUCAAGUGUAAGUACUACCAUCCUAAGCGGGCAAAUCACUCCUACCUGUCCCUGGCUGAUGAACUUAGAGAGAAAGCUCAGAUUUCUUCUGGAAAAGAGGAGAGAAAGGCAAGAUCAUCAGUCAACUAUCUUCAAACUGACCCUGAGCCUUCUCAUCUUAGACAAACCUAUCAAAAGAUUCGGGAUCAAAAGAGUUCCUCUGUUUCUGAUCACAUUCUUGAAAACAAACCACUGCAUUGGGAAGACUUAAGAAAAAGCCCCAACCAAAUGCUGUCUUCAGUAAAUGGGGGGAAGUGUCAGAAAGAAUAUCUUGGGCUGCACUUCAUGCCAAAUCAUUAUCAUCCAAACAUAUCUCAGGAAUAUUUAGAUUCUGGGUUUGGCUCCUUUGAGAGCCAUUACUCUGACAUGCAUCCAUCCCUCAGCUGUACCCACACACUUGGACCUCAGCAUCAGAGCCCCUUUGUGGCAUCCCAGCAUGCCUCACUUCAUGUGGAAAAGAAAAGCUAUCACUGUGGAGGAUGUUGUUCCCAUCCUCAACACCAGAGCAACAUUGAAUGCAGUCAGCCUCUCUACAACACUUACCAUCCAAAUAUGUUCCAACACUGUGUACAUCAGCAAAGGAGUCUACCCGCUCAUUUCCAUAACAGUGGAGCACCCUCCCUCCAUCAUAAUUACUGGUCAGAUCCCUUUCUGUGUGCCCCCCAAGCCAGAGCAUCAUGCCCCAUCCCGUCUUUGUCCUAUCCUUCAUGUUGCCACAACGCCUGCUGCUCCUACAAGAAUCCUCAAUACCAAACCUGGGGCCAACAACAACCACCACCUUCUGCUGCAUUCAGUCAACAGAGAUCAGAGAUGCGCAAGAAGCUGCAUGCCAUCUUCAACCCUCUCCAAGUGGAUCAGGUCAUGGAGAUGUUUCCACACCUGAUGGAUGCAGAAAAGCUGGCUGCAGAGAUCCUGAACAUGAAAGCGCAGGGGAUGAUCUGAUGGGUUCUCUUCAACCUGAAAUCUCAAGAAUAAUUGGGAUAAUCUCAUUAAGAACCUCAAAUCUUAAUGCUGUAUAGAACCACAUUAAUGUUGUUUUAUAACAGCAGUUCAGAUCAUGAGUGUCAAUUCUUGCUAUUAAUGCAUAUUUCUAACCGGGCUCAUUUAAGUGUGUGAAGACAGAACAGGUUAACUGAUUACUGUCAUUGUUUUUGUGUUUUUUUCGAGAAACAGUAUUUCUCAAAAAAAAAGCAAAUAAUACAAGGCCCAACUACACCAUUGUUGAGUGCUAAAAUUAGGAUUA